AUGAAUCGUAACCGACCCACGCAACUAGAAGCAAGCAAACAAGAAAAGCCUACUGGAGGCAGGCGGCGAUUGCAAGACCACGAAGCCCUUCCCAACGGCCUCCACGCCGACCAGGCCAGCGAUGAAAACGUGUGUGGCGAUGCCAACUAUUCCAGCGAGGCCAGUUUUGCGUUUGAGGAGAUGCUCGGAUGCCUCAAGGACCUACGCGGUCGAUAUGAGAUCCCUGACAAGUUCAUUGAGAUGCUGCGACGGGCGCAGAACUAG